CCCUCUAGCGGGCCGAAGCGCGAAGGAAGUGACCACGCUGCUGCGCCACCAUUUGCGCCGCGCUCCGAGUGAAAAGCGGACCUCGAAGAAGGCUAGUUCACAAUGAUCAUCCCUGUACGAUGCUUCACUUGUGGUAAAGUUGUGGGGAACAAGUGGGAAGCAUACCUGGGCCUCUUGCAGGCUGAAUACACAGAAGGAGAUGCAUUGGAUGCUCUUGGUCUGAAGCGCUACUGUUGUCGCCGGAUGCUUCUGUCCCACGUGGAUUUGAUUGAGAAGCUGCUGAACUAUGCACCUUUGGAGAAAUAGCAUUAGGAAAUCAGAACAGAGCCGAAUGGGAAUGGGCUAUAAACAUUUGCAUCCCUUAGUUUGUGUUAAAACUGACAUCUCCCACUAAAUGGCAAAGUUGUGCAGUGGAAAGAGUUCCACUCAGUGAUGUAUAAUAAAAAAUAAAUACUACGUACAUGAAAUCAGUCAGGCCUAUGCUUUGCUGAGCUAAUCAUCUAUACCAGUUUAUACUCAGUGCUGUUUUUAACGGAUCUUCAUGGAGCUAUUGUUUGCUCGCAGAGUGAAAGAACAAAGCAAAUAUACUAGCAGCAGCUACUGGCAGAACAGAAAAUGUUGGCCUGUCCAUUCCAGCUAUAUAUUACCACCAGCAACCGGGGUCCAAAGGAGCAUGCAGCUCUGAAUGUAACAAAGCCACUAAUGGCCAUAAAUUGGAGAUUGCUCAUGCAUGCUUGCUAGCUCCUUAAUUGUCAGGAGCACGUGCCUGAACAGAGCUGUCUCAGAAGCAGUUGUUACCUACAUAUAAAUAAUGAAUAUCAUACCUUCUUGCUGUAUCUGGGUAUAAAUACAAAUCAGGCAGCCAGAAAUGUAAGGAACUUAAAAAAAGAUGUAUAAAACUAAAGGGACUAUCAUUCCUUAAUUCUUUCCAAAUGGACCUCUGUGAGUGAGGGAAUACACACUGCAGGUGCAGGAGGAUUAUACUGGAACACACAUUGAAAUAAACAGUUGUGAACGAUGCAGUUGUUUUCAAACAUUUGCAGAGAAAUUGGGCCAUGAUAGCUUGUAGAAAUAGCCUUCCUUUGUGAGGAUAGGGCCCAAGACUGAUUCCCUGCCGCAGUCCAAGUAGAAGGAAUUUGUUUCAGUACCCAAACCAUAUUUUUGCUUUCAUUGAACCAACAGUGCAAUAUUAGUAUCUUGGUAGUGACAGGGUUUUGUUUACUACAGUUCUCAGCAGCAGUGCAUUUUAGAAUAAAAAUCAGGGAUGGGCAUCUUUGAAAGGUUGGGGGCCACAACUCAAAUCCACUUUCUGAAGGGUCACGGAAAGCAAACUGAUGGUGCUUUGAUGUCACCAGGGGCACGGCGCAUUUCCACUCUGUGUUUGACCACUGGGUUUGUGGGGGUGGGGGUGGCAGAGGCAGACCGCCCCCAUUCCCUCUCUCAAAACCAUCCAAACACCUGUAAAAUGUCCCUUGGUCAUGCCUUCAAAAUUCAGUGUCAUAAUCUCAGGGUACUGGGAGGCCUCCAACUGGAUGUCAGGGGUGCACAGAUCCAGGGGGCCAGCCCUCCUAACAUAAAUGGUUUAGAAAGUUGAAACAUUUCUCUUCAGACUUGUUACUCAAAAAUUGACUUUCCAAGGAAGGCAAAACCAUUGCAUGAGGUAAAUGUGGCAAGUUCAGCUAUUCAGCACUCACAAGAAUCACAUAGGAAAAACAUUUCAUAAUUGUGCUCAUGCAGUUUGAGACUGCUGAGAAACACAAUUUUGCAAACUUAUUGGAGUUCACUUAGAAACACAUUGCCUAAAUUAGAUCCAUCUUAAACUGGCUGUGGCUGAUACAUGUUGACAGUAAGAUAAGGGGCAUAUAUUGGAUGCUGGAAAGAGAGACACGGGGCAUCCAAAAAAGAAAAAGCUUAUUAUUGGUAUGAACAUUUAAAUGCGACUGUUGUCUAACUUCAGAUUGAAUGAUUUUGGUGCCAUGUCUCAGGAGGAAGGACUCUUCCUUUAUUCAAAUUUUGUAACAAGGUGGCCUGUUGAACCAUUCAAUCUGCCUUCCUUCCAUGUUUGGCAGCCUCCAUUGCUAGCAUCAAAACUAUUUUUAACUCCUGGAUCCCACAGAAAAGUUCUCUCCCAUCACUCACUUCCCUGAUUCUUUCACUUCUGAGAUUCCAGGGCACGAAUCUGCAAUCUUCUGCAAGGACGAAUAUGCCCUCCCACCUCCUAAUUCACACUACAGUCAGUCAUACGUUGACACUAAAUUAUAAUGGAGUUCAGUUACAGCAACAAAUCCUGUUCUUAUUUAAGAGUCUGCAUAAAGUAGAAACACAAGACAGACAGACUUAAGGAGCACCUUCUAAUAUGGGCCUUUAUUUCAGGAGUGGGUAGCUAUGAGCUGCGUGGCAUCCCCAAUCCUGACCCCAAGAUUGCCCCUGCCAUUAAAUGAACUGUCACUUCACUAAAACUUUCCAUUCUGAGUCUAAUCCUAAUUCUCUGACCCUAAUUCUGAUAUAUUGAACACACCAAUGCAACUUUAAAACCCAUCCUCAAGCCAAGACAUUUUUUUUAAAAGGCUUCCUGGAGGCCUCAUUGCCCUGCCUUCUGCAACCCUGGACAAACUAUUUUAAGAAAUAUGAAUGCAUCUGCUGAAUCAGUGCUAUUUGUUUGUCUCUCCCUACCCAUAUAGUAGACUAGGACAAGUUUCUGGAUAUUCACAUCCUCCGUGGUAGAACGAAAUUUUGGGAAAACAAGAUUAGACAGAUAUUCCUUUACGCAAUCUUGUAAUAUUCUUAAUUCAAGCAAUUAAUACAACAAAAACCCUACAUAUUCCCUCUUCUGAACUAAAUUCCAACUCUUCCUCAUCCACUUACUGGAUGUCAGCAUCACCUAUCAUCCUAGUUAUGCUUGCUUUGAUUCUUCGUCUUGAAACGGAAUGUGAAGAAUUGGGGUUAGUAUGUGUUGAGGAUGACGACGGAGUCCACCUUUGUGGUGAAUGCAGGGGUUGUGUGGGAAAGUGCUCCUGAGUUUCGUAAUUCUGAGAGUUUAGGGCUAUUCCAGACUCAAAGCAGCUGCCGUGGGCAUUGGGGCACAGGACACAAGUGGCCUGCACUGUUUUCCUAGACUGAGCCUUCUUCACCGAUGUGCUUAUGGAGUCUGUGCUUGAGCCACAGUUGAAGACACAGUUGCUUCAGUUAAUUUCUAUAUAUGGAAAGGCUGGGGUGCUAUCCUGUCCUUCAUCUCUUGGAACUGCCUUGUAAGAAAUCCUAUAGCUGCAUUGGUAACGGGAUGGAAGUACUGUGUGUCCUCCUAAAUGCCUCCCCAGGUCAGACUGUUUUGGAGUUUUCCACAGCGCAGCCCAACCCACUGUUCUAUUCACACAUUUUUUCUCACAGAAACUCUGCAGGGAGCCAAAAGAGACAUUCUCUUCAAGCACCACCCAAAAGUCAUUUGACAGGCAGAUGAGCAUACAACCACCUUGUCCUAUUCUAUGAAAAGAAGGAGCAACUGGUUUCAACUUCUUUAUUUUUCCUCAUGAAUGUAACCAUAUAAAAACCAUAAGUUAUGAAAGUCACACUAUGUCAGCUUUCCAAGGGCAAAGGAUUAAAAAACGCCAUCACCCUCCACAGAUCUGAACAGGAAAUUUAAGAGGGAAAAGUACAAAACCGCCAGUGAAAAAACAACACCCACAAAAUGGAGAUGCCUUUUUCACCCACACCUCCACAUGCCCUCUUGAUUUAAAAAACCUGUUGGGAUGCCCAUCCUGCUGACUGGACGCAAGAUUGAUGGAUGUACCCCCGAAAACCAAGCAGCGUUUGCACUGGAGGUGAUGACAAGGAACAGUGUUACUCUGAAAAAUGGGGGGGGGGGG